UAAAUAGACAGAAAGUAUUUGAGGGCUGAGACAAAGGGCGCUAUGGCUCUGCUACAGGAACUUUUCCAGUUUCCCAGCACGGUCGCCCUGCUUGCUGCUCUGCUGCUUUUUCUUGUUUUCUGGCUUCUCUCCACCAAUCACAGCCCGGGAAAGGAGCCCCCAGGACCCAGACCUUUGCCUCUCAUAGGAAACCUGCUGCAGCUGGACCUCAAGAGGCUUGAUCUCUCACUCUGGAGGCUGUCUGAAAAAUAUGGAUCCGUGUUCACUGUCCACUUUGGCCCCAAGAAAGUGGUGGUUCUUACCGGCUUCAAGACUGUGAAAGAGGCCCUGGUCAACUAUGCAGUGGAGUUUGGAGAACGGGAGAUAUCUCCAAUAUUGUAUGAUAUUUCAGAAGGCCAUGGAGUCCUGUUUUCCAAUGGAGACUCAUGGAAGGAGAUGAGACACUUUGUUUUGUCCACCCUUCAGGAUUUGGGGAUGGGAAAACGAGGAAGUGAGGAGAAGAUCAUUGAGGAGAUCCAAUACAUGUCAGAGGUGUUUGAAAACUUUAAAGGCAAACCAUUUGAUGCCAGUGAAGCAGUGAAUGGAUUAGUCUCCAACAUCAUUUCCUCCAUCGUCUAUGGCAGUAGGUUUCAAUACGAUGACCCAGAGUUCCAAAGGAUGGUCAACAGAGGAAAAGAAAGUGUCAGACUCAUGGUAUCACCAGCCAUCCAGCUGUAUAACAUGUUCCCAUGCCUGGGUCCUUGGCUGAAGGACUGGGUCACCCUGAAGAAGAAUAUUGAGAGCAACAUAGAGCAGGUGAAAGGUCUGGUGAAGAAUCUGCAGGAGACUCUGAAUGCUGAGGACAGGAGAUGCCUCGUGGACUCCUUUCAGAGAAUCUCCCCAUCUGUCUUUCCUCCAGGGCGUCGGGCGUGUCUUGGAGAGAGUCUGGUCAGGAUGGAGAUCUUCCUGUUCUUCACCUCACUCCUGCAGAAGUUCCGUUUCACUCCACCUCCUGGGGUGUCUGAAUCUGAUCUGGACCUCACUCCAUGUUUUGGGUUGACCCUCGGCCCCUCCCCUCACAAACUGUGUGCUGUCAGUCGAGCUUGAGGAUCCCAAAUUCAGAUUUGUAAGUAGGGUUGAGUAUUGUGUGAAUUGUAUAGAUUCCAGUUCCGGUUCUGGUUAUCAAUUCCGGUUCUUAAAAAAAAGAGGAUGUUUAGAUAACAAAUAUAUUUUUCUUAUAUACAUUCAGAAAAUCCCAUAAGUUACCUUACCAUCAUCAUCAUCAUCAUCAAAAAAAAAAAAAAAAAAAAACAAUCGACACAUUUGUUUUUAUCAUAAACCUUGCAUACCUAAAUGACGGAGAUUCGACAACUGAGAAGGGAUGUAGCCCUUUCACCGCAAAUGAAGCUACUGCUCUGUGACACUCCUCAGUUUUUCUUUUGGCCAUCUUUCCCUUUAACGCCAGCGAGAAGGAGGAGUCACGGUUGGUUUUCCCUGCUUGUGAGGCGCUAGUGCUGAAGAUGGUUGAUUGGAGCUCGGAGACCGCAAGGCGUCAGACACCAUGCACUCUUUCAGAUCUAUCCUGUGCUGCCUUAAAUGCUUGAUUAUGUUGGAUGUACAACCUGCACUCUGCCUUGUGUUUUUCUUGUCUAGUGCAGUGAACCGACGCUUUUGAGCACUUGCCACUAUCCACGUUUGAGACAGACACACAUUCUAGACCAUACUACUGUUUUUUAAACAGUUCGCCAAGGACGGUAGUUGGAAAGUUUUACAUUAGAUAAAUAGCUUACAAAAUAAUGGCUUUUCUUAUCGGUUCCAAUUUGGAACCUACUUUCGGCUUCCAACCCUAUUUGUACGGAGCACUUUCAACAUACUGUAAAGUAAUCCACUUAAUUAGAAUAAUUACACAGGGUCAGAUGUUAAGCUCAGACGGACAUUGGAAUUUAAUUCUUUAAACAUUUACACAUUUUCCAAAAGUUUGUUUCUGAAUUUCAUAUGCAACAGGCUUCAUUAGAGUUGUUUAUUGUCGUCCAUUUUCUCAUAUUAUCUGCACUUCUAUUAAUACAAUAAAAAUACCGCUAUGAAACAGAAA